AUGGCACCCAUGCGUCUACGACCCCUGGUGGGUCGUCGCGGGGCUGCCAUGCUUUGUCUUCCUACCCUGGCGAUGACGUUGGUGGUAACCAAAGGCUCCGUCUUCGACACGCCAGCAGAUGACCUAGAGCAAGAGGAUUACAUAGACUACGGCCAGGAAGUGGGCGUCGCGACGGCGGGGCUGGGGAUAGGACUGUCCAUCUUCUUCGGGCUCCUGGCCUUCCUCGGCAUGCUCGCCAUGUGCUGUCGGUGUAAGCGCCUUCACCGCGCAGACCUCGCCAUCGCCGAGGCCGAGGGGGACAACGACGGGAAAGGGUUGGACGAUAUGUACGAGAUCGAGGACUACGAGGACAACAUCUCCAAACACCGCAAGAUCCUCUGGCUGUUCUCGUUCAUCAUUUUCCUUGGCUAUCUGUUCUGCGCCGGCUACGCUUACAACGGAGCCGAGACCACAGAUUCGUCUUUCGGCUCGAUCUUCGACGGCACGGACGUCCUUCUCACGCGGGCGCAGGAGGCUCUCUGCGCGGAGAACGGGAGUGCGGACUGCGCCGAUGGGAGCGUCGGAGAUUUCAUGCUCGAAAUCUCCGUUGCCCUCAUUGAUCGGCUGGAGGGAGUCGUCGACUUCAUCUCGAGCCUUUCGGCGGUGACGGCACCUCUGCUCGUCGUGUCUGCCAACCUCGGGACGGCGACCGGCGUUGUCGACACCACCGAGAUGGCCGUCAUCAACAUCAACAACUCCAUCACCAGCGUCAACGCCAUCAUCACCGGCGACGGACCCGUUGCCGAACUCAUGGACGGGGAAACCAUCGCCAACAUCGACGGUGACGUCCUGCACGACAUUCAAGAUGGGAGGGAUGCGCUGGAACAAGCGACCGAGCUGACAGAGAGCUCCAGCCUGGAGAUCGCAGAGCAGCUGACGGGUAACGAGUCAGCGAUCACGCGCAUCAAGUACCAGCUGGACGAUGUCCACGGCAACGAGAUCCUCGGCGACGAAGACAUUCGAAACGCGACCCUCACCACAGUCCUCGACGAUGUUCUGCAGCCCAUGAGGGACCUGACGGUGGACAUCUAUGACGUACAGAACGACGACAUCCCUGAAGUGCGCGAGAAUAUCGAGGUGUACCUUGACCAGGCCGUUCAAGCCGUCGCGGGGAUAAUCUUCCUCCCUGGAGUGAUCCUGUUCCUCACUUCGCUCUGCUCGGGCGUGUGCCAAUCUUCAAAGAUCAACGGGGAUCUGUGCGACCACCACAUGGCACUCAUCGAAGCCAACUUACCCGAGUUCAACACCACGGUCCAGGACGUCGAGAUACUCGUCGACUUCCCUAAGGUCGAGAAGAUCCUGACCUGUUCCGGCGACGCCGGUGACACGCCCACGGACUCGAACAAUUUCGUCGACAUCUUGGAAAUACAACAGAUCUUCAACAUCUCGUCGACUCUGAAGGAAGCGAGCAGCCUCAUCACGGAUAACUCCGCGCUCCUGGCCGAGCCCAAGGACUCCGUUCUAGACGCCCAGAGUGAACUAGGCCCGCUCGAUGACUUCGUGGAGACGGACUUCGUUGGUGACAUCGACAUGUCGGAGCUGUCGGACGAGAUCGACGACCUCCUGGAGGACAUGCCACCGUCGCCGCUGGACUGGGACGACAGAGACCACCAGGACUCCGUCGACAGCUUCUACCUCAACAACGUCUCGGGCUACAGCUGGAACAACGCGUCGUCCGGCAAUAUCACCUACCGGGGGCAACUAGAAAACGUCAACUGGUUGAUCUCGUUGAUGGUCCCGGGGAUAAUCGGGGUCGAGGACGCGUUCCUCGACAUCAAGGACCCUUACAACUUCGAGCAAGCAAGAAAUCUCACAAACGAAACGGUUUGUGCCACCGACAGCCCGUUCUAUCCUGCCGACGGCCAGGACAGAUAUUCCAACAGCGAGAAUAUCGAAAUCUACGCGUUCGACGACCACUGGGAUCAGCUGUGCAGAAACGUAACGGCGUACUACGAAACCACCAAGAAGCUCGAGACUCUGAUAGAAGAGAACGAUGAAGCAAGACAAGACCUUGAGGGCAUUCAGUACGAGAUGGGAAAUAUCGAGGGAAACAUCACCGUCAUCACGGACCAACAGGCAAGCACCGCGGCAUUUCUCGCUUGGAGGGGCCCACGACUAGUCUAA